AUGGGCGAGGGACUGGGAGACGGCACCUUGGAGAAGUGGGCAUUUGGGAGAAUUGGGGUACUGGCCAGUUCGCUGGAUGGCUUGGCCGCCGUCGGGCUCGAAGUGGGCCAGCACGGGGGGUCGAGGGGGCACACCCUUCCCAUGGAGGGGGAGGGGGCUUUCGAUGGGGGAUCCUUCUAG